AUGGUCUGCUCAGCCACCCCCGUGCUCCUGCUGGCCAUGACUCUGCCCCUGGUGGGGUCCCCAGGGGCACCAGCGUCCCAGCCUGGGCCCAGUCCAGCAGGAGGGGAAUCUGGGCAGCAACUGGACCUCUCGAGUGGAGCAGAAUCGGUCCUGGCCUCCGUCCACGUGCAGCUGGACGUCUCCAGCGAGAUCUGGCUGGCCGCACUCUCCAGGCCCCUGACUCUGCCCCCCACCCCGGCUUCCUCUUCCCCAAGAACUCUCACUGGCCUCAGCCUCUCAACAGGGUGCACCACCAAGCCCAAUGGGUUUACCCACUGUGAUUGCCUGACCGGAUACCAGUGGAAUGCCAGCGUCUGCUCCCACCACAAGUCUUGCCAUUCCCCCUACAACCACGGGCCCUGCAGCUGUCUCGUCUUCAGCUCCCCGGAAGCUGGGUACUGCCAGUUGCUGCCACCUGGUGCCCCUGUCCCCUUCCUCCUUUCAGUCCCGGCCACCCUGAGCCUGAACUCCGGGCUGCAGAUGCCUGGUGACACGCUGAACUUGACCCUCCUCACGAGCCAUGAGACCACCAACCUGAGCUGGUUCCUGCGGCGCCGCACAGGGAGCCCCAUCCUCCUGCAGCCAGGGACACAGGUGUCCCUGACGUCUAGCCAAGGCCAGACUGUCCUCAGCAUCUUCAACAUUUCCCACAAGUGGGAAGGUGAGUACCUGUGCUGCUUUGAGGCCCGGGGGUUCAGAUGGGAGCUGUACCAGGUGGUGAGGGUGCCCCUGCAGGUGGCGGAUGUCGCUCGACUUCCAGACCGGCUCUCCCUCUCCUGUGCCGCCUCCCCUGGCUUCCAGCUGAGCUGCUGCAUCCCCCACACACUGCUGGGCUACGAGGCUGCCUGGAGCCCUGGAGAGGGCGGCAAAGCCUCCUUAUUCAACCAGCCAAGUGAGCAGUGCCUUGUGCUGGCCAUUCAGCAUUGCCCUGCCGCUGACACCACGUACACUUGUGACCUGCAGAGCCCAGGACUGACCCCUCUCAGAGUCCCCAUCUCCGUCACCAUCAUCCAGGAUGGAGACGUUACCUGUCCUGAGGACUCCACGGUUGUUGCCUGGAAUGUCACCAAGGCUGGCUAUGUGGCACAGGCCCCAUGUCCCGUGGACAGGACGGGCAUGGUGAGGAGGACGUGUGGGCCCGAUGGGGUCUGGGGGCCCGUCCACAACAGCUGCACAGACACGAGGCUCCACGCCUUGCUUCAGAGAGCCCAGCUGCUGUGGGCAGGCCAGGGCUGCCCUGCUGAACAGGUGCCACAGAGCCUGGCAGAGCUGCAGGAGCAGACAGUGGCGGUGAGCUCGCCUUCCGACUUGCUGGCACUGCUGCGCACCGUGACAUACCUGGCCAAGGUGGUGGCAGACACCGGAAUACAGCUUAACCGCAGGGCCCUGAAGGCUCUCCUGAAAACCACCGACAAGGUCCUAGACAUGGACAGCAGUUCUCUGUGGACUGCGGCCCAGGUGCAGACACCCAUGGUGAGCUCAGACUUCCUGCUGGCUGUGGAGACCCUGGCGUGCCGCCUGCGCCCACAAGACCACCCCUUCACCUUCAGCUCGCCCAACGUGCAGAUGCAGACCCAGCUCCUCAGCCCCGCACUCCCUGCUAAGUGGAGAGUCUCCUUCUCCACUCAGCCGCCACUGCGGGCACUGAUUCCAAGACACUCACUGGCCCCCCUGGUUACUGGUAACAAUAAUAUCACCAUGACUGGCCUGGUGCUGCGCAAGCUGGACCACCUCCUACCCUCGAACUAUGGACAAGGGCUGGGGGACUCCCUCUAUGCCACUCCUGGUCUGGUCCUCGCCAUCUCCAUCACGGCAGGUGGCCAGGCCUUCAACCAGGGAGAGGUCAUCAUGGACUUUGGGGACAGAGAUAGUAUCCUUCACUGUGUCUUCUGGGACCACCAUCUCUUCCAGGGCAAUGGGGGCUGGUCAGAGGAAGGGUGCCGGGUGCAGGCAGCCAAUGCCGGCUCCGCCACUCAGUGCAUCUGCCAGCACCUCACUGCCUUCUCCAUCCUCAUGUCCCGACACACUGUUCCGGAGAACCGCACCCUGGAUCUGCUGAGUCAGGUGGGCUUGGGGGCCUCCAUUCUGGCGCUGCUCGUGUGCCUGGGCGUGUACAGGCUGGUGUGGAGAGUCGUGGUACGGAACAAAGUUGCCUACUUACGCCACGCUGCCCUACUCAACAUGGUGCUCUGUCUGCUGGCCGCAGACACCUGCUUCCUGGGAGCCCCACUGCUUCCUCCGGGGCCCGGAAGUCCACUCUGCCUGGCCGCUGCCUUCCUCUGUCAUUUCCUCUACCUGGCUACCUUUUUCUGGAUGCUGGCUCAGGCCCUGAUGUUGGCCCACCAGUUGCUGUUUGUCUUCCAUCAGCUGUCCAAGCGCCGAGUACUCUCCCUCAUGGUGGUUCUCGGCUACCUGUGCCCGAUGGGGUUUGCAGGUGUCGCCCUGGGCCUCUACCUGCCUCGGGGGCAAUACCUGGGGGAGAGGGCAUGCUGGUUGGAUGAGAAAGGUGGGUUGCUCUACACCUUUGCCGGGCCAGUGCUGGUCAUCGUGGGCCUGAAUGGGCUGGUACUGGCCGUGACCAUGCUGAAGUUGCUGAGACCUUCGCUGUCAGAGGGACCCCAGGUGGAGAAGCGCCAAGACCUUCUUGGGGUGAUCAAAGCCCUGCUCGUCCUCACACCCAUCUUCGGCCUCACCUGGGUGCUGGGCCUGGGCACUCUGCUGGAGGAUGACUCCACAGUCCCUCACUACAUCUUCACGAUUCUCAACACCUCCCAGGGUGUCUUCAUCUUAUGGUUUGGUUGCCUUAUGGACAAGAAAGUACAACAGGCUUUACUCAGACGCUUCUGCCGCACACAACCCCCCAACUCCACCAUUUCCCUGGCCACCAAUGAAACCCACAACCUGCAACACAGCAAAGGAAGAAGCGAAAAGGCUGCUAGUUAUGAAGAAAGGAUGGCUUAACUGAAGAAAGGAACUCUGAUCUUCCAAACAUUAGAGGCGAAAGGCAGAAUUUGGUUAAUUUAUUGUCAAAGUUCAAGAAAAG